UGGACUGGCCCCAUUCACUUCCAUUGUAAGCGCCUUCAUUUAUUUAUUUUAUUUUUUAUAAAUGAGGGACAAAUUAUUGUUGUGGUCAUCAAUAAUAUGUAAAUGAUGAUUGAGCUUACCUUGUAUUGAACCUGGAACAUUCCUUUAAAGACAACUUGUGCAUCUUCUAACCUUCACAGAGCAAACAAUUUGGUAUUCAAUUUAAAGGUGCAUUCAGUAAUUUGUUUCCACAUUAAAAAAGUUUAACUCCUAAAGAAAUUAAUUGUAAUUUUGAAACACAUGUAUAAAAUCAUGACCACUCACAUAAGAUGAGGACUUUAGUCAUAUCAGUAACCUUAUAAAAGCUGCUUAAUUCUACAUUGGGCAGGGGUGCCAUCAUGGGGGCUGCCAUUUUAGAAUCACAACUGAAUACUACUCGCUUAAUCUCAGUCACCAUCUUGUUAUUGAACACUUUCACUCUUGGAUUAAAUGAAUCAUGGCUGAUUGUGAAUAGUGAAUUUCCACAAUGGCAUCUGUAACUGAAAACAGCUGAAGUUUGAAUGAUGCUGCAUCCACACCACUAGGUGUCACUGUAAGUCAAAGAUGACAGGAGCAAAAAGUUACUGAGUGCACCUUUAAAAAAAUUAAAAAAACUUGCCUAUCCAUUUCAGAUAUUUGUUUUACUGAGUUUCAUAGGGUUACAAAAAAAAUGUGGGCCUUAUGUAUUUAUAUGAUUUUUAAAACUGAGUGAAAUUAGACCAUUCUUUAGUUGUCUGUGUGUAAACAAAAACUCAAGCAUCACCUUUUACAACAGGAUGGACAUGUGGCACAUGAUUUACUCAAAAUAGGCACUAUUAAUCUUUUUAAUUUGGGUAAUGUGAACUAUUUCAGUGCUAAGUGGGUAAAAUAGAGCAUCUUAGGAGAGAACUGUAACCAGUCUGGGAAUAGCAGAGCUAUGAUUGGCUCACACAGUCUAAAAAUGCUAUAGCUACCUUGUGAAGUGAAAAUGUGUACACAGACAUUUGUUUCCAUUGGCGCUUUAGCCUGUCAGUCUUCUUCUGUAGCCCCGAGGCUGGCUAAUUACACAGACGCAAUAGGAUAAUCCCAGUUAACAGAGGCUGAUGUCAGAUUGGUUUGGCUCACUACAAAUCCCCUUAGUUGAGGUAGGCAAUGCAGGACUGGGUUGCAGUCACUACUGCAGGAGUAGAGGGAGUGUCUGCCAGCUCUGAAAUUUCCUCUGAACAUCUUUGAUGGGCUGUCAGCCCCUUAACUAGGUAGCCUGUUUGACAACUCAAAUGGAACUUGAAGUGUAACCUGAUAAACUCAAACUCUGUUGCGACGUCUCCUCGCGUACAGGGCCGUUUAAUAUAAUUUUUGUCGCGCGUCGCGCGCUCCUCCGAUAUGGGGACUGUGCUCUCGAUAUCCCCAAUAUUAAGCAAGGAGACCGUUCUGGACGAGGGAGGUAAGCCAGUGAACGAAACCAACGGGAAAAUAGAGAAGAGCCUUAAGAAACAGUCGGUGUUCGUGUCUACUCUCACGUUUAAACGGCUGGUUACUGCAUCAUCUAAGAAGAAAAGUGCUAAGAAAGUUACUCCAAAUCCUCUUCCACUACCAUCACCGACCAGCGACUGUCAGGUCGAACAUCUCAACCAUGAGAACUUGAAGAAAUCGCAACAGUCGACCAACACCGAUCGAAAAACGAAAAAUGGACCUCUUGCUGUGCCCAUCCCUACGGUUCCCACCCAACUGAAGCUUCAUCUCGAUCAGGACCAGCUAUCUCCAAAAGCAAAGCAACUAGUUUCGGUUCAGAAACAGCCCAGCAGCCGUUCGCUCAUCUCCCCGAGACGCGUGAUCGUUCAGGCCUCCACCGGGGAGCUGCUCCACUGUUUGGCAGAAUUUGUAUGCAAACGAUGCUUCAAACUCAAGGAACUCCGUCCAAACGAGGUCAUUUUCUGGUUCCGAAACGUGGACAGGACUCUUCUGUUGCAAGGCUGGCAGGACCACGGGUUCAUCACGCCCGCCAGUCUCGUGUUCGUCUAUCUGCUCUGUAGGGAAACGGUGACCGAUGAUGUUGACAAUCCACGUGAACUCCACGGGACCUUUCUGACCUGCCUCUAUCUGGCGUAUUCAUACAUAGGGAACGAGAUUUCUUACCCUAUCAAGCCCUUCAUGAUCGAGACCAAUAAGGACGUUUUCUGGGAACGUUCUUUGGAUGUCAUCGAUAAACUGAGUGGCAAAAUGCUGCAGAUUAAUGUAGAUCCGCACUUUUUCACGGAGGUUUUUCAAGACUUAAAAAACGAAGGGGAUUCCAAGAAGGAUGCAAGUUAACUGGACCGUUAGUGUGAUCAUAAUCUGAGCAGCAGUCAAUAUGAUGAUUGCUACGGAUGGAUUGAAUAUGAUUGUAAUCAACUCUACUUGAGUGACUGCUAAAUUGUAAUGGUUUAUCCAUUUUUUUGUCACCGUUCUGGUGGAUUUGUCUUAACAGUAUUAAAUACCCCCGGUGUAGUGAUUUGUAAUAGUCAAAAUGGCUUCACCGGUUGAGCUGCAGAUAAUGCAUGCCAUAAAGAUUUGUAUCUGUACAGUUGCUGUAAUUUUAAACUGUUAUCCACAGUCAUAAAAAGGGAAGGUGAAAACAUACCAACGUUUAUUCCACUUAGUUGUCAAUCUCAUUACUGGGUCAUCGUUUACUAUCCUCCCGAGCGCCAGAAAGAAAACAGAGUUUUUAGAAUUUUAGAUAGGACUAAUCAUUUAUACAUUUUUACAGCAUUUUUAUUUUUAUUAUAAUUAAAUGUUUAUUUUUAUUUUAUUAUUUAUUUAUUUUAUUAUUGUUAUUCUUAUUUAUUUAUUUAUUGCCAAUUUUUGGUAUUGCAAAAUGGUCCGAAGUCUUCAAGAUACACGCAGACUUAAAAACAGUGGCAUUUGCUGUCUCGGGAGGAUAAAAGCUAUAAUUUUGAAGAGAUGUGAAUGGAACUAUCCAAGGUGCUGACCUGUUUGUGUUCAGGCUCUAUUGACAGACAUUCAUUCUGAACCUGAAACUUAAAAACAUUUUCCGUUUAUCAGAUUUUCUAUGUGCCAAUAUGUAUGGUCUUAAGAAACGACUAAUAGGCUAUUUUGAUUUACAUUGGUUUGAGGGGGGGGGGGGGGGGAAC